CCGACCAGCAACAACCACGAAUGCCGCCACCAUGCAUGUUAUAGAGUUGGUUAUUGAUGGGUACAAGUCGUAUGCCGUCCGGACGGUCAUUUCUGGAUGGGAUCCCGCCUUCAACGCAAUCACCGGUUUCAACGGCUCGGGGAAGUCAAAUAUCUUGGACGCAAUAUGUUUCGUAUUAGGGUUGAAGAAUUUCGCUACGGUCCGCGCGAAAGACAUGCAGGAUCUGAUUUACAAGCGCGGACAAGCGGGCGUAACGAAAGCAAGCGUCACCAUCACAUUCGACAAUACCGAUAAGAGCAAAAGCCCCUCUUCUUUGCCGGACUAUCUCAGGAGCGAGGAUAAGAUCUCCGUGAUGAGACAGAUUUCGCUAGGAGGAACCAGCAAAUACAUGAUCAAUGGCAGACGUGUUGCUAAGCCAGAUACCGUACACGCCAUGUUCGAGUCGGUCGGCCUCAACAUCAACAAUCCGAACUUCCUCAUUAUGCAGGGCAAGAUUACAAAAGUGCUGAGCAUGAAACCCGCCGAAACAUUGGGUAUGCUUGAAGAAGCGGCGGGAACACGAAUGUUUGAGGAUAGGCGACUAAAGGCCGAGAAGAUAUUGGAGAAGAAGGAGAUCAAGGUGAAAGAACUCGAGACGCUGCUCCAGGAGGAGAUCAAUCCCAAACUGGUCAGCUUGCGCGAGCAGGUGCAGAAAUACCAGGCGUUUCAGAAUGCACAGCAUGAUUUGGAACGGCUCACACGCCUACUGGUUGCAUACGAUCACUAUCACUACACAAGAGAGCAGCAACGGGUGGCAGAUGAACUGGAAAAGAUGAAGCAAGAAAAGGAGGAGCUGGAGACAUCUGCAGUGAGGUUGAAUGAGGAGAUCCAAGAUCUGGAAGAACAGAAAGCCGCGGUAGAAGCGAAACGCGAAAGUGAGUCUCGCAAGGAGGGGAGAUAUCAAGCCCUGGAGAAGGAAGUAGCGAGCCUCCGGAACGACCGUGAUCAACUGAAGGCGCAGAUGGACUCGAAAAAGUCCAGUAUAACGGAGGAGGCGGACAGCAUAAAACAACUGGAAGCGGAGGUCAGCUCGUUGGAGGCACAGCUGGUAGAGAAACGGAGUAAAUACGAGGCGAUACAAGAGAAAAACAGAGAAGCACACGAAAACCUGGCCAAGCAGAAAAAGGAGGUUGAGAAAUUGGAGGAACUCUUGCAGAGUCUCAAGACUGGUGUGGCCUCCAGAGAGGGCGAAGGGAUUGGCUACCAAGAUCAACUGCAGAAGGCUCGCGAUCGGGCGAAACAGGCGGCCAGCCUCCAGAAACAGAAGAAGCUUGAGAUCGAGGACCUGGAGAGGCGAAUCAAGGAAGAAGAACCGAAAGCAAAGAAGGCUAAAGCUGAUAACUCUGGUCUUCUGAAGAAUAUCCAAGCACUCAAGUCUGAUGCCGACCGCCUUAGAGCGAAGCUGGACAACCUCAUGUUUGAUCCAGACCAAGAGAAUAGGUGGCGCCAACAGGAGAAAACCCUCAGGACCGAGAUUCGAAGUCUCCAGAGUCAAGCUGAUGAGCUCAGAAGGAAAGUCGCCAACGUCAACUUCAGUUACACGGAUCCGAUCCCCAAUUUCGACCGGUCGCGCGUAAAGGGGGCCGUAGCGGAACUUGUUACCCUCGACAAGGAGAACUUCCCUGCUGGGACUGCUUUGGAGGUAUGUGCUGGCGGUCGACUAUAUAAUGUGGUUAUCGACAGUAACAGCACGGGUGCAUUGCUCCUGGACGAGAAGAGAUGCAAACUGAGCAAAAGGGUUACAUUCAUUCCCCUGGACAAGAUUCAAGCAUUCACAGCAUCGCCACAAGCAAUUCAGGCUGCUGAAAGGCUAUCUCGCGGAAGAGCAAAAUUAGCGCUAGCCUUGAUAGGGUAUGACGAAGAAGUGGAAGCUGCCAUGAAAUACGUUUUUGGAUCCACCUUCAUCUGCCAGGACACAGAAACCGCCAAGCUCGUCACCUUCGACCGUUCAGCAGGCGUGCUCAUGAAGAGUGUUACCCUAGACGGUGAUGUCUACGAUCCAGCCGGUACACUCUCUGGCGGUAGCGCGCCUCGGACCAGUGGAAUGCUCCUGACUUUGCAGAGGCUGCAUGAGCUUAAUGCGGAACUUGUGGCGAAGCAGAGAGCCCUUGCGGAGCUGCAAGAGCUGAUACAAAGGGAACAGAAGAACAUUGAGAUGGGGAAGAAUCUGCAGCAGGAGCUCGAACUCAAGUUGAACGAGAUCAACCUUGCCGAAGAACAUCUCAAUAGCAACUCUUCGUCCUCCAUCAUACAAAAUGUGGAGAACAUGAGGAAGAGUGUCGCAGAUUUGAAGGAAGGCAUAAAGGAGGCUGUCAAUGAUGAGAAGGCUGCCGAAGCAGAUGUGAAGCGCAUUGAGCGUGAUAUGAAGGAGCUCAACAGCAACAGGGGCAAGAAGCUGGGCGAACUCGAGGCAAACCUGGAUAAGCUGAAGAAGGCGCGCAAAGACACGGAAGCCAUGGUCAAGCCGCUGCAGGUGGACGAGCGCGAAGCCAUGGUCGAUCUCGACGAAUGCAAGGAUCGGCUAGAUAACGACAAGAAGAAGUUGCAGGAUCUUGCGGUCAGUAUAGAGGCGCAGAAGCAGGAGCUUGAGCAGCUGCAAGUGGAGUACCAAGCGGCGGAGAAAUCCCUGGAACGUUCGCAGGCGGAGCUCUUCCAACAGCAAGCGAAGCUCACCCGCUUCAACGACGAGAUCAAAGCGAUUGAGGGCGAAAUCAAAGCCAGGAAAGCCUCCAUCGCCGAGGGCACGCUGGCAGAAAAGCGACUGGGCCACGAGUUUGAGAAGGUGAAGAACGACCGACAGUCUAUGCAGCAGAAGAUCCGCGCACUAGAAAACGAGCACGACUGGGUUGUCUCUGAGCAGGCACGCUUCGGGCGCCCGGAUACUCCGUAUGAUUUCAACCAAGUCAACAUCAAAGCGGAACGCGAGUCUCGCAAACGCCAACAACAAGUCUUCGACACGCUGAAGAACAACGUGAACCCGAGGGUAAUGGCCAUGUUCGACGACGUCGACCGGCGCGGCAAGAGCGUCGAAGCGAAGCUCAAGCACGUCAAGAACGACAAGAAGAAGAUUGAGCAGACGGUCGCCAAGAUUCUCAAGCACAAGAAGGAGACGAUGCAGACGGCGUGGGAGCAGGUGAAUCGCGACUUUGGCCUCAUCUUCAACGACAUCUUGCCGGGCAGUUUUGCCAAGCUGGAUCCGCCCGAGGGCAAGGAGAUUAUCGAUGGAUUGGAGAUCAAGGUCAUGUUGGGUAAGGUGUGGAAGCAGAGUUUGAAUGAGUUGAGCGGUGGGCAGCGGUCCUUGGCAGCCAUUGCGUUCAUGAUGGCCCUGCUCCAGUACAAACCUGCGCCCAUGUAUAUUCUCGACGAGGUCGACGCUGCGCUGGAUCCCUCGCAUACGCAGAAUAUCGGCGUCUUGAUCCAGAAGCGGUUCAAGGGCAGUCAGUUCAUCGUGGUGAGUUUGAAGGACGGCAUGUUUUUGAAUGCGAAUCGCAUUUUCCGGACAAAGUUUGUGGAUAAUAGUAGUCGGGUGGAGAGGGUGAAGUAGGGUUGGAAGGUCGAGGGUAAUGAUCUUUUCAUGAGGGUGUCGUUUUCAUGGCAUGGUAUGUCUGGAUGGGAAGGGCUUUUUUGUGUAUGACGAGGUUGGGUGCAUCAUGAAACCAGGUUUGGAUGGCGUUAAGGUCUAGAGCAUGCCAGCGAGAAUAGGGCAUUCAUCGUCCAGUGU